GAAGGCACUCUGCCGCUGGGAGCGGGUGGCAGCGGCGGCCUGCUGUGAGACACGGCGCGGCCCGCGCGGGCGGCCACUUCGCGGACCGGCCCCGACUGGGGAAGAGGCUGUGAGAGGCCGCGCGCCGGCCGGGCGGCGAGCUCGGGUGCCCCGACGCCUGGGCCGCGUCCCUGCACCCACAUGGCCUCUGGAGGGGGCGCGGCCUGCGAGGAGCUGCCGCACGACGGCACGUGUGACGAGUGCGAGCCCGACGAGGCGCCGGGGGCCGACGAGGUGUGCCGAGAAUGCGGCUUCUGCUACUGCCGCCGCCACGCCGAGGCGCACGGGCAGAAGUUCCCCGGGCACCACCUGGCCGAGUACGUACCCGGCGCCGCCCAGGCCUGGACCUCGGGAGCCCGGGGGCAGGAGGAGGGGAAGGAGGACCUGGAGGCCAAGGCGGAGCACGAGAGGGACGUAGAAAGCGAGGUGGGGGAAGACAGCGAGUCAGAGGAAGAGAGUGAGACGGAGGAAGAGAGCGAGACCGAGGAAGAGAGCGAGGAUGAGAGCGAUGAGGAGAGUGAAGAAGACAGUGAGGAAGAAAUGGAGGAUGAGCAAGAGAGCGAAGCAGAGGAAGACAACCACGAAGAAGGAGAAUCGGAAGCUGAGGGGGAAACUGAGGCAGAAAGCGAAUUUGACCCGGAAAUAGAGAUGGAAGCAGAGAGAGUGGCCCAGAGGAAGUGUCCGGACCAUGGGCUGGAUCUGAGCACCUAUUGCCAGGAAGACAAGCAGCUCAUCUGUGUCCUGUGCCCAGUCAUUGGGGCUCACCAGGGCCACCAACUCUCCACCCUAGAUGAAGCCUUCGAAGAACUAAGAAGCAAAGACUCAGGCGGACUGAAGGCGGCUAUGAUAGAGUUGGUGGAAAGGUUAAAGUUCAAGAGCUCAGACCCUAAAGUAACCCGGGACCAGAUGAAGGUGUUUAUACAGCAGGAAUUUAAGAAAGUUCAGAAAGUGAUUGCUGAUGAGGAGCAGAAGGCCCUGCAUCUAGUGGACAUCCAGGAAGCAAUGGCCACGGCUCAUGUGACUGAGAUACUGGCAGACAUCCAAUCCCACAUGGAUAGGUUGAUGACUCAGAUGGCCCAAGCCAAGGAACAACUUGAUACCUCUAAUGAAUCAGCUGAGCCAAAGGCAGAGGAAAAAUUCCUGGACAAAAUACUUAAGUCACCUACCAGAAGACUCAAAAGUGGAGAAAUGAUGGCAGACUGACCAGGGACCUUGGGAUUUGAGGAACCACUUGGCAGUGAGUUCCCUGGGGUUUUUCUUACUUCCUGGAAACACUGCUGGGCACAGACUAGAAGAAAAUCUCCAAGAAAGGUCUGCUCUCUCUAGCCAAAGGACUGGGAAAAGGGCAGUUCACCUGUAGAGAAAUCUUUUGACCAUACCUGCCUAUUCUGAAGAUGAACACCAUGAAUCAAACUGCACCUCUUCCCAACCCCAAUUGGCACUGCAGUAGUGGGGCCAGUGGGGUGAAAACCUAUUUUAUACCCUCCCCUGUAGGAAUGAAGUGUCAUUCUUUCUCCAUGGAGCCUUUAGGUAAAAGUCUGACUUCUACCUUUGCCCCUGCCCAUGUCAGUAGUGAGUGGUGCCCAUCUCCCAUGGAGCCUAUAGGUGGGACUCGGACUUCUACCUUGGCCCUGCAGUUACAGAAGAGAAAUAGUACCCCUCUUCUGUGGAGACUGUAGAUGGAGCUCUAACUCCUCUUUCCCACCCCUGAAUUAACUAGGCAAUGCUCCUCCCCAACUGAGUUGGUGGGUGGAACCUUAUCUUCCACUCUUGCCCUCGCCCUCGAAUAAUGAAUUGGUGCCCCUCCUCCUCCCUCCCUAGCACCGUGGAGACUGUAGUGUGGAGUCCUGUCAUCUGAGGGGGGCAGACCAGAAUAGCACUGCAGAAGCUUUAUAAACUAAAUUGACAUUUGAACCACAGUCCACAAAACUGAUCCAGGACAUGUGUUCUGAACCUAAAUAGGUUCUACCUGCUAGAAUAGAAGAUCUAAAUAGGAACUAGAUUCUUAUAAUCCUCAAAAUGUCUAAGAUACAGUCUAAAAUUGCUCAUUUUACAAAGAAUGAAUAAAAUCUCAACUG